AUGUUUAAAACAGAUAAUUCACAGUCAUUCUUCAGCACUGGUGAUUUCAAUCCUCAUGAGCAUAAAGGUAAUUAUGGAGGUGGUAAUUACAAUGGGAAGUAUCAUUUACAAAGAAAGUUGAAGAAGCAACAGAUCCAAAUGAUUGCAUUAGGAGGUACACUAGGUGUCGGUUUGUUUCUUGGGUCUGGAAAGGCUUUCUCCAUUGGGGGUCCAUUAGGUUGCUUUCUAGGUUUUUUAAUAUCAGGUUCAAUUGUUCUUGCAACAAUGUUGUCAUUUGCAGAAAUGUCAACUUUAAUACCCACAACUUCAAGUAUCUCAGGAUUGGCCUCAAGGUUUGUUGAAGAUGCAUUUGGAUUUGCUUUAGGAUGGUGUUAUUGGUUGUCUUUUGCAAUUGCUAUGCCCGGUGAAGUUUGUGCUGCAACUAUUAUGUUGAGCUAUUAUCAAGAUUUAAAUAUACCCAGUGCAUCCACUGCUGGAUUUGUUUCAUUGUUUUUAUUUGCUAUUUUAUUUGUAAACUUGUUUGAUGUUAGAAUUUAUGGUAAUAUAGAGUAUUGUGUUAGUUUGUUCAAAGUUUUAAUUACUAUUGCAUUGAUAAUAUCAAUGAUUAUUAUUAAUGUUAAGGAAAAUUAUGGAUUUAGAUAUUGGAAUAAGAAGGACUCAACAGAUGUGGCAACUUAUGGUCCGUUUAGACCAACUUUUGAUUUGAAUGAUAUUGGAACAGGUGCUUUAAAUGGUAUUGGUGGUGGAUUAGGUAAUUUAUUGGGUGUUGUGUCUUCAAUUUUGAUUUCAUCAUAUGCUUACACUGGGAGUGAAAUUGGAUUUGUUGCCUCAAUGGAGUGUAGAAAUCCAAGAAAAGCUCUGCCGUCUGUUACUAAACGAGUUUUUGGAAGAGUUGUGUUUUUUUAUUUGUUAUCUAUUUUUCUUGUUGGUUUAAAUAUUUAUGCAGGGGAUCCAAGAUUAUUGAGAUACUAUUCUCCAGAUGCUAAAAGGGGCCCAAUUUCCAUUAAAUUCUUGGAACAUUUGAACACUAACUGUACACCAUUUUCACAGAUAGGAUCAUAUACUAAUGGGAAUCAAAGUCCUUGGAUUAUUGCCCUUCAGAGCUCUGGACUCUGUACGUUCUCCUCAGUUUUGAAUGCAGUAUUUGUUGUUUUCGGUGUUUCUGCUGGCUCUUCACAUUUAUAUGUUUCAAGUCGAACGUUGUAUUCGAUGGCUACACAAAGAAAGGCGUUUGCAGUUUUCACAAGAUGUACAAGAGCUGGUGUCCCAUAUGUUUCAGUAUUAUUUUCAGGUGCAUUUGGAUUAUUGUCGUAUCUAUCAGUGAAUAAUACUUCACUAGAUGUUUUCCAAGAUUUUGCAAAUAUUUCAUCUGCAACUGCAAUGUUGAUGUGGGCAGGAAUGUGUCUUUCAUUUUUAAGAUUUUAUUAUGGAUUGAAACUAAGACCUGAUAUUAUUGCAAGAGAUGAUCCUUCAUAUCCUUAUAGAUCCCCAUUCCAACCAUUCUUAGCAAUUUAUGGAUUAGUUGGCUCAUUACUAAUUGUGAUUUUAAUGGGAUUUGUUGUAUUUUUGAAAGGAUUUUGGGAUACAAAGACAUUUUUCACGUCGUAUGGGGCCUUGAUGCUGUUCGCAAUUUGUUAUGUCGGUUACAAGUUUUUCAGAAGCUCAAGAAUCCAUAGAUUGGAUCAACUAGAUCUUGAUUCUGGUAGAAGAGAGAUGGAUAGAAUCAUCUGGGACGAGGAUAAGUAUUACAUCAGCUCUUUCAAAGAAAUUAUCAAAAGAGCACUUGGUUGGUUAGCAUAA